UCGAAAUAAAACUGCGUUGCUUCGUCUUCCCUCCCAUCCAACAUUCUGAAAUGUCUUCCUCACCAUAGGACCAUAGGCGCGUAACAACCCGGAAGCGAAAAUGGUAGCCGAACCCCGGUGCUUUGAUAUGGUGGAUCCGCUUAUGGCCUACUCGGGUCUCACCCUUUUCCCCAGGACCUUCGGGGUCGCACCCGACCCAUCGAAGCCGAACGACCCAGACGCCAGCCUCGACGCCAUCCACAACCACCUCAAGUCCUUGGCCUUACAAUUUCCUAAUAAAUUUCUAGAGGAGGCGAAAAUGGUUUUAGAUGGUAGUUCAGGACUUGCAAACUAUCUGGCAAUUAAAGAGAAAAAAGUUGGUGCUGUAGAGGAUAAGGAGAGUCUCCAAGAAAGAAGGCCAGCCUUGGGCCGUAAGCGGGCUCGGUUUUUUUUAAAGCCUAAUUUAAUUCAGCCUGCUGUAAGUUUGGAACCAAGUUUGGACAUUGAACAACUUAAAGACCCAGAGGAAUUCUUCUUGGCAUAUGAACGGCUUGAAAAUGCCAAAAGAGAAUUACAGAAGCAGACUGGUGGUGUUCCAAUGGAUUUAAAUCAGCAUAAUCUAUCCACAACUGCACGACAACGUCGACCAGGGAUUCUAGGGCGAUCAGUUAGAUACAAGCAUCGCUAUUCAUCAGUGAUUUCCGAAAAUAAUGAGAAUAUUUUAUCUUCUCAAGAGACAUUUGAUUCAAGCAUUUUCAGCCCAACUAAUGGCAUCUCACAACGCAAAACUGAUCAUGAUUUAGAAUCAAAGGAGAGGGAUUUAGCUGGUUCAAUGGACAAUCCAGAGAACAAGGUUAGUGAAAUCUUAGAUGAAUUGCUAUCUGGCAAUUUUGAAGAUUUGGAAGGGGAUAGAGCAGUCAGUAUUUUACAAAAGCGCUUACAGAUCAAACCUAUUGAUUUGGAGAAGUUAAACCUUCCAGAAUUGCGAGAUAUCCAAAAGAUUGAUUCAAAAUCUUCAAGACGAAACAUGCCAAGGCCUCGGAGGGCUUUAGCGGACAUUGAUAAUCUGUUAAAAGGGAUUAGCAGUAAAUCACUUGUGAAGCUCAUACCAGAGGCAGAAAGCUCUUUGCAUCAUAUAUCUUCACCCUCACCCCCAAGAAGUCCGUUUGCUUCAUUAUUUGUGUUACCAAGGCAAAAUUUGUGGCCAAAGCCAUCAAAUGAUCCAUUUCCAAUUCCUGUUCUUGGCCACUCACCAGAAAAAAAUUCUUCUUUGACUGAAUGCACGCUGAAAGAGUCUGACCUGGAUCAUACAGGAAUGCAAUUGAGCAAUUGUGAUGAGUUGAAGUCACCCUUAGUUGAGGAAGAUGACAUUGAUAAUCUGUUAAAAGGGAUUAGCAGCAAAACACCUGUGAAGCUCAUACAGAAGGCAAAAAGCUCUUUUCAUCAUAUAGCUUCACCAACACCCCCAAGAAGCCCGUUUGCUCCAUUAUCAUUGUUACAGAGGCAAAAAUUGUGGUCAAAGCCAUCAAAUGAUCCAUUUUCAAGUCCUGAUUUUGGCCACUUACCAGCAAAAAAUUCCUCCUUGAUUGAAUGCAUGCUGAAAGAGUCUGACCUGGAUCAUACAGGAAUGCAAUUGAGCAAUUGUGAUGAGUUGAAGUCACCCUUAGUUGAGGAAGAUAACAUUACAACUGCUAAGACAGGUUCACCAGACGUGGCUACUGGAGAUGUUACUUGUACAUCUGAGGCAAUUGUGCAUGAUAAUUCCAGUAAACUUUCUUUUCGUGUUGAUGUUGACUCAAGUGGAACUCAUGUUGAAAUGGAGGACAAUGUUAAAGGCAGUAAUAUGGAUGAUGAAGCUAUAGAUGAGCAAUUAAGUAGGCAUGAUGCUGAUAUUGAUGCUCAGGAAAAUGGAUCCAAUAAAUUGGAGGACAAGGUGAAAGACAUGCUACAGGAACCAGUGGAGGCAGUGGCUUCUGCAGAACGUAAUGUUAACAUGGUGGACUCAACUGGGGAAAAUUCGAACUACAUUCGAGCUCCAUUGGAUCAAUCAAGUCCUGCUGUGGUUGAAGACCAUUCACUGCAUGGACUCUCCCAAACCCCAGAUAAUGUCCCAGAACAGCAUAUAGAGAAAAUCCAGGGAAGUACCGAGGUGUCAUUGAACGAGCAAAUCGAAGCAAAAUCACGUCUGCACAGAGAGCGCAAGAGUAAAGAACGUUCUCAUAGGCAAAGCCUUGCAGGAGCUGGUUUAUUGUGGAAAUCUGGGGUAAGGCGAAGUACCAGGAUCAGGACAAGACCUUUGGAGUAUUGGAAAGGUGAAAGGUUACUAUAUGGUCGCAUCCACCAGAGUUUGACAACAGUUAUUGGGUUGAAGUAUGUUUCUCCAACAAAGGGUGAUGAUGGAAACCCUGCUCUCAGGGUGAAAUCUUAUGUCGCGGAUGAAUACAAAGAGCUUGUCGAGCUUGCAGCUCUACAUUGAGAUGUCUGAAAUGUUAAGAAAUAUUAGAUGACGCAAAAGACAAAAUGAAGACUUUAUGAUAUAAAGACUUUAUGAAUCAUUAUCAGCUUUACUGUAUCCGCCGACGCAAAAGACAAAUAAUCAAUGCUGCUUAGAAGACAAAAUAAUUAAUGCUACUCAGAAGACCCAAGAAUUAUUGCUGCCUUUACUGUUCAGAAGACAUGCGUCAUAUUGAAUUAUUGAUACUUUUACUGUUUAAAAAGAUAUGCGAAAUAUUUACUACUAUUCAUAUUUGUAGUUUUCUUUUUCUUUUAGCCUAUAAAAAGCCUGUAUGAUAUGUUAGAAGACAGAGGCCAUUUGAAAGGUAUUCUGAGAACCUGAGUGCCUAUUGUCCUUAGCCUUUCUAUCUUGUAUCUAGUUUUUCCUUUUCUUUCCUUUCCUUUCUUUUUAUCCUUCAUCCCCUGUAUCAAGGCUUUGAAGCUUGUAUCUAUUUCCUCUUUGAAUCAAUAUAUCAAGUAAGAAUGUUUAUUA